UGUACUUGUCUAAUUCACAGCAACAUACUCUCGCAAAGGGGCCUGUUCUGGACAGUCACAGGAAUGUUUCAUUGCCCAGUCUUGCGUCUUUCUCUGCUCUUAACCUCAUCUCCCAAACACUAUCUCAGGAAUUCACCAAGGGCUUUAUGAGUGUGCGGAGCACGAAAAGAAGAAUUUAUGCAUGCACUUAGUCUCUAUCUGCAGCAGGAUAAUUAACAUGGAAGGUCCAUCACUUGUCAAAGUAUUGUUGGUGAUGGUGACGAUCUCACUCGGUGGAGCUCUGCCGACCAACCUAACCAGCGAAGAAGAGCUCGCUAAAGCUCAGGAUUACCUUUCUCAGUAUUUCUCUGAAGUGGGCGUCACCACUGGUAGCGAGAUACGGCGCGGCGGUCUUGAUUCCUUUACAGACACUCUGAAAAUAAUGCAAGAGUUUUUCGGACUGGAGGUGACAGGAGAGUUGGACUCCAACACCAUGGAAGUGAUGUCACAACCUCGAUGCGGUUUCACAGACUUGAAUAGAUUCAGGUUUGCCCACUUUGAUGGGCAACCGAAGUGGGACAAGAAUGUGAUCACAUACAGGAUAACUGAAUAUACCCGGGACUUGAGUCAAAGUCUCGUAGAUGCCACACUUGCCAAGGCCCUACAGGUCUACAGUGAUGUCAUUCCUUUGGAUUUCAAGCAGAUUAAAACCGGCACUGCAGACAUAAUGGUCAAGUUCAAGGCUCGUAAUCAUGAGGAUUUUGCACCCUUUGAUGGAAAGGGUGGGGUCUUGGCUCAUGCCUUUUCCCCUGGUGGGGGCAGAGGCGGUGACACCCAUUUUGAUGAAGAUGAAACCUGGAGUCUUACCUCAUCAGGAUCCAACCUGUUCUUGGUGGCAGCCCAUGAGUUUGGACAUGCACUUGGAUUAUCCCACUCUAAACUUCGAUCAGCUCUAAUGUACCCCAACUAUCAGUACGUGAACACAGAGGGCUAUGUGCUACCAGACGAUGACCGACGGGGAGUGCAGACACUAUACGGAGUCAGAUCAUCAACUCAACCAACAAUUAACCCUGCACCAAAACCUGAACCUGAACCAGAGCCUGGACCUGCGCCAGACCCAGACAGGUGUAGCCGCAAUCUAGUUUUUGAUGCUGCAACCUCCAUACAGGGUUAUCUUUAUUUCUUCAAAGGCAGCCAUUUUUGGAAGAGGAGCACCACCUGGGAUGGCGUCACUAUGAGGACAAUUAAUUCCGUCUGGUCUGGAAUCAACAAAGUUGAUGCUGCUUAUGAGUAUAAGAAACGAAACAUUGUUGUUUUAUUUGAAGGGGACCACUACUGGCAAGUUCGAAGAAACACUGUCUUACCGGGCUUUCCCAAACCUAUCAGCGACUUUGGCUUGCCUUCAACCGUCACCAAAGUAGAUGCCGCUGUCCACGUUCCAUUCACAGGAAGGACCCUCCUUUUUGUUGACAACAAAUACUGGAGCUACAAUGAAAGGAGGGGCACAACGGAUCGUAGGAACCCGAAAUUGAUUCGCACAGAGCUCCCGGGGAUUGGCUACAGAGUUGAUGCUGCUUUUGCAUAUAGAGGUUACCUGUACUUUUCCUAUGGAUCCAGACAGACAAAAUACGAUUAUCUGAGAAGAAGAGCGGUUCGCACUCUGAUGAGCAGUGACUGGAUGGACUGUGACUGAACACUCAGCCAAAUCUCCCAUCAACAUGAGCAUUGAAUUGCAGUAUUUAUCAUUUAUCUAUGGUUCAUACCAUUUCUCAUCCAUCCAUUGGUCAUAGGGGAUUUAUCUUCUUCGAAAAUUAUAAUCUGACGGUAGUUAUCAGCACGGCCGAAAACAGUGCAUGUUACACACACAGAUGUUAUUUCAUCUUUACGAAAACUUUGGAAGCAAAUUACAACAACAUGUAUGUGAUCACUUAUUUUUCUGUCACCAACAAUAAAUAUAUCUGUAAAUA